AUGGAUGGUAGAUUAAAUGCGUUAGAUAUCAAUACAGGAAAAAUUAAAUGGAUAAUGGAAGAAGAGCCAGUACUUCGUUCGCCAACAAAUGUUAAACAGGGCUUUACGUUUUUACCGAAUCCAUUGGACGGGUCUCUUUAUUCUUUAAAAGAUAGCAGUUUGAAAAAACUUCCUUUCAAUAUUCCUCAACUCGUUCACGCGGCUCCGUGUACAGGAAACGAUGGAGUUCGUUAUGCAGGCAGCAAAAAAGAUGUUUGGUUCGGCAUUGAUCCAGAAACCGGGAUAAAAGUGGAAACAUUAUCAGCAGCAUCUGCUGAAAGAAUCUGCCCCGCUAACCAGAAACAGACCAUAUACUUAGGGCGAACCGAGUAUCAUGUGUCGAUGUUUCUCGAAAACAACCGAUGGAAUGCAACAUUCAAUGACUAUACCGCCCAUCUUCUCCCUGAAAACAACAAUUAUCCACUGAAACACUACGUUUCGUCAUCUACAGGAAAUUUGCUUGCGGUUGACAAAAAUACAGGUGAAGUACGAUGGGAGGAAGAUCUGAAAGUUCCCAUCGUCGCUUUGUACCUGUUGGAACAAGACGGCCUACAUAAGCUCGAUUUCAAAGUGAUGGGAAAAGAAACAAUGGAGAAUAUUGCGAAGGUGAGUAGUUUUGCUUUUGGAAAAUAA